CGGAAUUAAGCAGUCAGCGUCCGUCCGACGCCGCCAACAAGUCCGUCCGCGAUCACUGAUGCGCAAGGGAGAGGGGGGGACGGUGCGCGCGUGGCGUCUGAGGUCGGUCUCUCUGUCGCUGAGCCGCUCCCCUGGUGAGUCUCGCGACCCCUCCAUCCAUCCAUCCAUCCAUUCCGCAGCCGACCAACACCACACCCGCCACCCCGACCAACACAACACAAGACAUCAACCAACCGAUCUGGUGCCACUGGGCACCACCCCGUGACCUCUGCCAGCCAUGCCGUCCAUCAGGGAGACUCACUGCGUGUGUGCCGUGUGUGGAUGCUGUGCGCCGCGCCCUGCUUCUCCAAUCUCACGCCCUCGUCUUCUUGUGCACAUCCAUGUGUGUGUGUGUGUGUGUGUGUGCCUGUGUGUCAGGUCGCCGCUGAGUCGUCGGCGGUCGAGCUGUCAGUAACAGCCAUCGCUGCAUUGGUGUGUCCAUUUUUGGGGGCCGCUGCACGGGUCAGAUGAUGGCGCCUCAGUCAGAUACUCUGUUAUCGUGUGAUUGAGAGUGCAAUCGCUCCUUGCAGUGGGUGCUGCCUUCGUAAGCCUUCAAGCGGCUGGUGCGGCUGGGCAGCCUUCAAGCGACACGACGAUGCCGGGGAUGAGGAAGAGGACAUUGACGCCAUGUGGGAAGAGGCCAAGAAGGACGACAGUGUGGCGCUCCCGCACCCUCCUGUGUCGCAUCACCCUUACGUUGCCACGGCGCCGUACGGCCAGCCGCCACCGCCCCCCUACCCCGGCCUCUACGCGCACAACGGCUGGGCGCCUUCCUCCCUGGCCAUGCCGCCGCAUAUGCCGCAUACCGUCAGAUACGCUGCCGGUGAGCGAAGGCAUCCACGCUUAUAAGCAUUGAUGCCAUGGCAGGCAUCUAUGUAUUAGGGGUCAUCGUGCAGAUGAGUGGUCAGGAGCGGCAGCCCCUCUUCCGGACAGAUAUGUGCAAGUACCACCUGCAGGGCUACUGCGGCCACGGGCAACAUGUACAGCUACGACACAUGGAUGGAUGGAUGGAUGGAAGCCGGUGUUGGCUAUUGGGUGUUGGUUGUGGAUGUGUGUGUGCAGUGUCGAUUUGCCCACGUCGCCGACCAGCUCGUCAAGAGAGGGAGGGGCGGCAACAACCCGGGCAGUUCGAAGAAGGCCAAGAAGGAAAGACAGCGCAGGAACCGGUGAGUUCGAUAACAAAGCUGCACCAAGGCAAACGUGUCCGUCAGUUGAAUCGCUCGCGUCGUUCCAAAUCUGGCCUCCUGUUGGUUCUGCAGGCGUGCACGAGGUGCACGAGAUGCAGCGGCGGUGACCAAUGACGGCGAGGUCGACGACGAUGUGUGUGUGAGUGAAUGCGAUGAAGUGAUGCCUUGUCUGGAAAGUGGGCAGUGGACGGUUGCCUGUGAGUAGAGGUCAACAUCUGAGUGCGCGUGAGAGACCACAAGUCUAUCCAUCCAGAUGAAUGACACCAGUUUGUGUGGGCAUGUGG